AUUUCCGUCCCCCUAUCGUUCUUGAUCAUCCAGUUACUUCUUUAUUCGAAUUGCUGAAUGAAAUGGGAGAUGCCUUUCCUAAUAAUGCUGAGUUAGAUGCUAAUGAUUAUCCUAGUAGACUUAAUGAUGAAGAUGUUGUUAGAAUAGCUGAGUUAUAUAACGUUCCUCCUCAGUAUGAAGUAGUUUGUCCCUCUCCGGGUGAUAGAACUUGUAACUGGGAUCCGGAGGAUUUAUUUAUUUAUGAGGAUGCUUUUAAGUCGGGUCUUCGCUUCCCUCUUAACGAUUUUAUACCUAGACUUUUAGCUGAAGCUAGGAUAAAUCCGUGUCAGUUGGUUCCCAACGCUUGGAGAAUAAUCCACGUUUUUAUGGCUUUGUGUGUUCAAAAAGGAUUCCCGCUUAGUAUAAACUUAUUUAGGAGUAUCUUCGUGUUUAAGAAUAGUCCUGAGUGUAGGAAAGGAUGGAUACAUAUCGGUCAUCGUCCCGGUGUUCCUCAUACGUUCUUUACCGAGUCCCUUCCUGAUUCUAAUCAUGUAUGGAAGUGGGGAUUUGUGAUCCUUCGUUGGAGAGGAGGUAAUUGGGGAGAGAUCUUCAGACCUAGGUUUGCAACUGUGAACGAUCCCGGACGGUUCGAUCGCCUUCUUACUAGAGCCGAGCAUCAACAAAGAGAUGAGCUUAUAAGUGAUAAGGGUAGAACUCAUUACCGUGCCAUCAUUAAUGAAAAUGCUCUCCGGUCAGCUGGUCUUAGCUUUGUUUCUGAUAGUGCUGUUGAGAUUAUCGAUGAUGACCAGGGUCGUGGCGAUAAAGUCACGAAGAGGAUGAUGAAGAAGCUUGCUGAGAGAGCCAACCCUCCUGAGCCUACCACUCCUGCUUUCCUCCAGCACAGUCAGCAAGCUGGGAAGAGGUUUAGAGAUGCCGAUGGUCACAUGCAGACUGCUUUCAUGCCGGCUUGGGGUAUUUGUGAUCAGCAUUCGGUGUCUGGGAGUUCUCUCCUAGCUAAGGACUGGUCUAGGGAGUGCAUAACUCCUCCUGAUCGGACCAACAUUGUGGAGAGAACGAGCCUUGACGAGGCGGAGCAGCUUGGUGCUAGUGCGGCCUAUAAUCUCAACUCCUACUUCCAGGCGGCUAUUUAUCAAGCUAAUGCCUUCAAGGAGUCUGAGAGGGCUCUUCAGAAAGAAAAGGUUAGCUUGACUAGAGCGAUGAACGAUUGGGAGAGCCGUGCUCAUUCGGCUGAGGACAUGGUCACAUCUCUUCAAAACAGGAUGAAGACUCUCGAGGAAGGUUUGGAGAAGAACAAGGGGAUGAUUAUCGACGAGUACAUGGACUCUGACCCCUUCCUCCAGUUCAUGGACGACCAUGAUGAUAGGGUGCGUCCCUCGGUUUUCACUUCUGGCUGGGACAAGGCCCUCGAGACCGUUGUUGCUGAUCACCCGGGAAUGUUUGAUCCUUCUCGGUAUCCUAGCCCUUAUCUACCAGCUCAGUCUUUGGCCACUGCAUCUUCCUCCCAUGUUCCCGCCGUUGUUGAUGUUGAGGAGGUGGAAGGAGCAGGGGUCGCAGUUGGAGAUCAGACUCCUCACAGUGCGUGGCCUAGCUGGGAGUAGUUCCAGCUCCUCUUACUAGUCUUACGAGACUUUAUCUAUGCGUAUUUUAUUAUCUAUCUAGGACUUGUUUAUUCGGGCCCUGCGUGGCUAAAGCUUUGUGCUUGCUUGACUUCUAUUUGGGAAUGUAAUAUGACUUUAACUUAUCUUGUAGCCUUGCAUGGCUUUUAUGUACUCGACUUAUCGUAUCUUUUAUAAGGGUUGUACCACAACUCUUAAGUUAUUAAUCUAACUAUUUCGGAUUUGAGCUUCUA